AUGAGCAUCACAGUCCGCCACGCCUUUCGCUCCGACGCAGUUGAAAUCCUACGCCUUGUGCAUGAACUAGCCGCCUACGAGAACCAGUCCGAUGCCGUUCAGGCUACCGUCGAAUCCUUACAGAAAACAAUCGCCUUCGCGCCCGAACACGACAUACCCAACGAGCCACCAAUCGCCAUAGAACAUCUGCCGUCGCCUAACAGACCUGCGCGGUGCCUGCUACUUCAUACGAGCGAUGGCGAGCUGGCGGGCAUGGCAGUUUAUUACUACAACUAUAGCACAUGGACUUCACAGCCGGGGAUCUUUGUGGAGGAUCUUUACGUGAGGCUCCAACACCGGCGGAAAGGGUAUGGCAAGCGACUCUUGUCAGAACUUGCCCGAGAGCUGAGUUCCAUAGAUGGAGGGCGGUUGGAGUGGAAUGUGUUGAAGUGGAAUAAGCCGAGUAUCGAGUUCUAUCAGGCCAUCGGAGCCCAAUCAAUGGAUGAGUGGGUUGGAAUGCGCGUUGAUAGCGAAAAUAUUGUGAAGCUAGCGCACAUACUGGACUAG